AAACUGAGCCUUUAACUCUUUCCCUACCAUGAGGAAAAAAGGUGUUUUUUGUAGGUUCCACUAGAUUCUUUUUUCUGAAGAAAAUACUAAUAAUAAGGAGUGGGCACGGGAGAGCGGCAAAAAUGAUGUCCCUCACGAAUCCCUUUUUCUCUCAUGUGCAGCUUGUGGCCCUAACCGGCGUGUGGCUUUCCCUGCUUCCCGGUCGACCAAGUGUUCCUUUAUCGUCACCUGUGCUGAACUCAAGACCACCCCUGACAGUCACGACUGCAAUCAGCGAAGAUGACUGCUUUGCCCUACGUGACCUGCGCAGUGCUUUUGCAUUGCACUCAAGCGGCACAUCGGCAACACCAGCGCCAUCACUCCACAGCGAGCCCUUAAAGGACUGGCGUCGGCUGUCCGCCUUCAGUGGGCACGGGAGAGCGGCAAAAAUGAUGUCGCUCACGAAUCCCUUUUUCUUUCAUGUGCAGGUUGGUGGUACUUCAUCUCUUAAUUCUAAACGAUCGAACAAUCUUUGCCUGCUGCUGCUCCCGUGCCCCAGUGUGCUUUACGAUACUCUGUGCGAAUGCAUUUUUGUUGCGAAACUUUUACUGCUUUGCGGGAAUAUAGAAGAAAAUCCCGGUCCGCUAAACGCUGACUCUAGCAAAUCGCACAAAGAAUUGCUUGACGCCAUAGGAGCCCUUUCAACGAAAAUCGACAAUCGCCACUCAGAGGUGAUGCAUGCAUUUGCUGAGCUAAAAGAAAACCAAGAGGAACUUUCACAUACAGUCGCAGAUCUCGCAUGCAGAUUGGCAAAUCUUGAAUCUACUGUCGAAUGUCUUGAAACAGCGCUACCUACAGCCGUUAAGUCUGAAAGUACUGCAUUGACCUCGCGUCUUGAUGAUCUAGAGGAUAGGUCACGGCGACAUAAUUUACUGUUUUUUGGCAUCCCGGACAGCGUUUCCGAGACUUGGACACAAUCGGAAAAGCAUAUCUGUGAACUUCUCUCACGCCAUUUAAAUUUGCGUAUUACAGAUGGCAUGGUGGAGAGAGCACAUAGGUUGGGUGCUUAUGUUGCAAAUAAGACACGCCCAAUCAUCGUGAAGUUUUCUUCCUUCAAAACCAAGGAAAGUAUUCUCUCACAGAAAUCUAAAUUGAAAAGUACAGGUGUUUCCAUUAGCGAAGAUUUCUGCAGGGCAACGCGAUUGACACGAAAAAAACUUCUCGAAUUCGGACCGCAUCAUCAGAAGUCAGACUAG